AAACAGCCUCGGAUGAACUGCGCUCAGCGCUCUUGCGUUCACACCAGUCUGCUGUUUCUCUUCUCCCGUUCACCCCGCGCGCGCGAGAAUUAGAGCGACCGCCGCCCUACACCCCUGCUGCCCAUGUCUUCGUCGGGGCCUUUGCCGGCGACCGGAACCCACCAUGGCAGUCAAAGGGCAGAGUGUAAAGCCCAGGGUUCAACCUCUGCACGCAAGGUACAAAAGGCUGAUCGAGAGAAGAUGCGAAGAGAUAAAUUAAACGAGCAGUUCCAGGACUUGGGAAAUGCACUUGUGGUAGAGUUGACUCUAUAUCCAGAUCCAGACCGUCCCAGGAACGAUAAGGCAACUAUACUUGGUGACACAAUCCAAAUGCUGAAAGAUUUGACUACUCAGGUGAACAAGCUGAAAGCUGAAUACACGUCACUUUCUGAAGAAGCACGUGAGUUAACACAAGAAAAAAAUGAGCUUAGAGAUGAGAAAGCUUCACUGAAAUCUGAGGUUGAUAAUUUGAAUAACCAGUAUCAGCAACGAAUGCGAGUGUUAUACCCGUGGGCUGGAAUGGAGCCUUCUGUUGUCAUGGGGCCACCUCCAGCAUAUCCCUAUCCAGUCCCAGUUCACAUACCCUCUGGUGCUGUACCCAUGCAUCCGCAGUUGCAAACAUACCCCUUCUUCCACAGUCAAACUUCCGGAACCAUCCCAAAUGCAUGCAUCCCUUACAUGGCAUAUACACAGCCCUGCCAUCUUCCCACUGAUCAGCCAUCUAACCAACUUAAUACUCCAGUUGGCCAUUCAAGUAGUCAUAGGUCUAACUCUCCAGCACAAGACUGUAGAAGCAAGUCAUCUACACCGCAGCAACCAAGCUGCGGAAUGAGAAGCAGUGAUGUUGGUGAUAUCGCUACUGAUCUGGAAUUGAAGACUCCUGGUUCUUCAUGUCAAUCACACUCAGAGAUUGCUAACAAUGAUUCCUCUUCGGAUUUGAAAACAAAGAAGCAUUGCAUAAAGCAAAUUAAUGGUUGCACUCUCACUGAAAGCAGUAGUUCAAGCAGAUGCUCUUCCAGUGGGCCCCCAGAUGUUUCUAAUAGUGCUGUUGAUGAAUAAGUUGCUUGACGAUUGAUUAACAUACAAAACGUAGGCAAGUAUAGAUUGAGAAAAGAUCUAUGUUAACCUCCCAUAAGUGAGCUACCAACAUUAUAUGCAGUGUAAUUUGCUAUUGUUGCUAGCUGGAUGACUCACAAAUUGGGAGGCGUGUGAUUUGGUAGAAGCAUAGUAUCUGUUAAACGGGGUGCUGUUCUCAUGAUUGUUAGUGGAUAAAAGUUUGCUGGAAAGGAAAACAAAAGGUAGAGAACAAAAUCAUAAGCAGCAAAAUCAAUGGCGGUUCAGUAGGGACUCCAGUAGGCAAGCAUUGUCAGUAUUCUGCAUGCCAGAUAGAUAUUCAUAACAAUAACUGGAUUCUAGUACCAUUGCAUAGUUCGUCCUAGAGAAUCAUUUUACAUAAAUUUCUGCAUGAAAUAGGUAAAUAAGUGGAAUAUAGAUAAUAUAGUAUAAUGUUUGCUUAAUCUAUUUGCUGGGCAACGCGGGGUUUGGUAGUGAUUAAUUUCAGCUGCAAGUUUGUUCUGCUGGCAUCUACAAGAAAUUGUUCCUUGGCUACCUCAGCUAUACCAAGCUUUGCUGAACAAGGCAACAAGCCCUUGAAGUUUGUACAUUGAGCUUUGUUACACAAUUGCAUUGGAAUAUAGUUCUUUGUGUAUUAAUUUGACAGACCACCAGUCCUAUUCUUCC